AUGGCGGCCGAAUUAGAAGUCUCUGACGUGCAGGCUGUGCCUACAGGUCUGCACGACCCUUGUCAAGAAACAUCAUAUCUCUUUGUUAAAGUUUUAGGUAGAGGAGCUUUCGGAGAAGCUGUUUUGUACAGAAAAACUGAGGACAAUAGUCUGGUAGUAUGGAAGGAAGUGAAUCUGGCUCGUCUCGGAGAAAAGGAGCGUCGAGAUGCCAUGAAUGAAGUUGACAUCCUGUCUUUGCUUAACAACACCAAUGUGAUCACUUACUACAACCACUUCCUUGACCAGGAAACACUCUUCAUAGAGAUGGAGUAUGCCAACGGAGGAAGUCUUUAUGAAAAAAUUGCAACUCAAACAGAACUAUUUGAAGAACAACAAGUGAGAUGGUACCUGUUCCAGAUUGCAUCUGCCCUUAUGCAUAUUCAUAACUAUGGAAUAAUACACAGAGAUGUUAAAGCUAUGAAUAUAUUUAUGACAAAAACAAAUUUAUUGAAAUUGGGGGACUUUGGGAUUUCAAAACUUCUCGAAUCCAAAGGACAGCUGGCUGAUACUGUGGUGGGAACUCCAUAUUACCUGUCCCCAGAGAUAGUACAGGGUGCCAGAUAUGAUCAGAAAACUGAUGUUUGGGCUCUUGGCUGUGUACUGUUUGAACUACUAACUCUGACAAAGACUUUCCAGGCAACAAACCAGCUUAGACUUGCAUACGAGAUUGUGCGGAGUGAACAGGGUGAGGUUGAUCAGCGAUACAGUAGCCACAUGCGGGAAUUAGUGAACCUCAUGUUACAGAAGGAACCGCAGAACCGUCCCAGCACCAUGGAAAUCCUGGACCACCCUGUGUUCACUAAUGAUAAUUGCAAAGGGAAGAUGGAAAAACAGCUUUGGGAAUUAAACUCUGGAGCACGAAAAUUAAGACUACAGUCUGCAUCUUCUGUUGAAACUGUCCCUGUGAUCAAAUCCAAAGUCACAGAGGUGUACCAGUGGGGAGGAGGUAAAAGGACCCCCCAGAAACAGGACCUGUUUGCAAAAGGCAAAAGUGCCAUACAGGUGGCAGCAGGAGGUGCCCACUUCGCUGUAGUUACUGUGGAGAAGGAGCUUUACACAUGGGCAAAUGUCCAGGGCGGGGCUCAAAUUGUUGGUCAGCUGGGCCAGGGUAACAAGUCAGCAUACAAAGCCCCCAAGAAGGUGGAAGCCCUGGAGGGAGUUGGCAUCAUACAGGCGUCGUGUGGGGACGAUUUCACUGUCUCUGUCACAGAUGAAGGAGAGGUGUACGCCUUUGGAUCAGACUACUACGGCUGUCUGGGUUGUGACAAUGAGGAAGGGGAUGAGGUUCUGGUCCCGAUACAGAUUGAUUUCUUUAACACUCGACCUGUGGCUGAGGUCUCCUGUGGUCAGUGUCACGUGAUGGCCCUCACAAAGGACAGAGAAGUCUACUCCUGGGGUUAUGGAGAGUUUGGUCGACUUGGUCUGGGAUCAGAAGAUGACUUUGCUUCACCACAAAAGGUGGAGACCCCAGGGAAACACUUCAUCAAACAUGUGUAUGCUGGGAGUGAUGGAACAUUCCUCGUCACAACUAGUGGGCGUGUCUUAGCAUGUGGAAGUAACGAGUACAAUAAACUCGGCUUCAACUCGGAGACAUCAGGUCUCCGUAAACAGAAACCAAAGAUAUAUGACAUUCCGUGUCAGUACACAUUCAGCACUGUGAAACCCCUCCUGAGAUUCAACAUUGUCCUGGUAUCUCCUGGCCAUACACACUCCACAGGUGUUGACUUGUAUGGUAAAGUAUACACGUUUGGUUCUAACAAGUAUGGCCAGCUAGGUGUGGGAGACUUUAAAAAGAAAUCGAGGAUCUGUCGUGUGGCCGGAGCACUGACUGGGAAGAGGGUGAUCAAUGUGACCUGUGGCAGUUAUUUUACCGUGGCUGCCACCACUGAUAGCCAGGUAUACUCCUGGGGUAAUGGAGCUAAUGGUACACUGGGGGCAGAGUUCCUCGACCAAGGCAAGGGCCCUAACAGCCAGUCCAUCUCACUUCCUCGUACCAUCUUUGGGUCACUCCAUCUUGUGUCCAACCUGUCCGCACGUCACUGGCACACCAUUGCUAUAGCAGAAAAAGUGCUGAAUCAAAAGACUUUAAAGUCAAGAGUUUCUUCUCCAAAAUGUGAGAAGGAGCGACACAAAGUGUUUGUACCCUCGCCUCCAGUAGUGGAAGAAGAUGUCAUAUUCACGGAAAGUGAUGGUAUGUCUAAACCUCGUGUAUGUAUGAACUAUCAUGGAAAUGAAGAGAUGAAGGAUUCUGGGAAGCCAGAUUCUCCGGAGGUUUCUGAGCCAAAAUCGGACUGGAAUAUGCCUCCAAGGGCCACACCUUAUAUACCAUCGCCAGUGGGAGGGGCAGGAGCAUAUAGUUACCAGGAUUCAGGAAGGCCAUCUUCAGGGGGCAGUGAUCGGCCAGGGUCAGGGGGCAAGGCAGAGGAGUCUAACAUCCCCGACUGGUUACAGGCAGAGCUUGAGGAUGCGGACUUUAUACCGUUCCACCCUGAUGCUCUGCCAGUGUCCCCUCCUGUACAGUAUCCUGGUCAACCGGGAGGACCGCUGGUCUUCGCUGAUCAGGAGGAGUUAGAGGAAGCAGAGAAAUCCAUGAAAGAACAAAAACUAACAGACUGUAAAAAAGAAAAAGAAAGUUUGGAGAAGGAUGAACUGAUAGCAUUACUUAAACAGAAGUUGGCUGAAAUGGAGUUAGAAAAUAGUCAACUAAAAGAACAACUAACAUCUCAGGAGAAAAAGAUGAAGAGUUUGGAAAUACAGGUGGCCGGGCAAAAGAGUGACCAUUGAUCAACUUUUAUGGGCAGUCAGACUGGUGACCUUUGACCCACUUAUAUGGGCAAUCAUACUGAUGACCAUUGACCCAAUUUUAUGGCCAGACAAACUGAUGACCAUUGACCCACUUAUAUGGGCAGUCAGACUGAUGACCAUUGACCCAAUUUUCUGGCCAGAUAGACUGAUGACUAUUGACCCACUUUUGUGGCCAGACAGACCUUGACCAUUCACACACUUGUUUGCCAGAUAGGUGACCAUUUAUCCCUUUUUUCUGUGAUAGAAGAUUGACCCUUCACUACUACAUUAUCAUGGAGUUUUCUGUACUGAUACAGAAAGUAAGGAGACUAGACUUGUACAACUAGGCCUACAGUUUGGGACAUUCCUUAAAGUAGUUUUCUUAUGUAAACAUUGAAGAUAUAGUUUACAACAGUUACUGAGGGUGUACAGAUCUUCAACAUCUGCUUAUCUCGACCAAACUUUAUAAUCAAGUUUUCAUUCAGACAAAAAAAAGGAAGAUAUUUAUCAAUUGAAAUUUGUUUAAGAAUUAAAAUUUACAAAAUGUAGCUUAUUUGAUAAUUCAAAGACUGAAACAGUUCUUAAUGAACUGAUGUUCUGAUAAAAUAUUCCUUAACUAAGGUAGUCAAUAUAAUGAUCACUGAAGAGAAAACUUGUGUUGUUAGGUAUCCUGAUAGACUGUACCUCACUUAGUAGUUGUAGACUGCACACUACGACACUAUGACACUAUGGUUUUAUAGUGAUGACACUAUGACACUACGGUUUUAUAGUGAUGACACUAUGACACUACGGUUUUAUAGUGAUGACACUACGACACUAUGGUUUUAUAGCUACGACACUAUGGUUUUAUAGUGAUGACACUACGACACUAUGGUUUUAUAGUGAUGACACUACGACACUAUGGUUUUAUAGUGAUGACACUACGACACUAUGGUUUUAUAGUGAUGACACUACGACACUAUGGUUUUAUAGUGAUGACACUACGACACUAUGGUUUUAUAGUGAUGACACUACGACACUAUGGUUUUAUAGUGAUGACACUACGACACUAUGGUUUUAUAGCUACGACACUAUGGUUUUAUAGUGAUGACACUACGACACUAUGGUUUUAUAGUGAUGACACUACGACACUAUGGUUUUAAAGUGAUGACACUACGACACUAUGGUUUUAUAGUGAUGACACUACGACACUAUGGUUUUAUAGUGAUGACACUACGACACUAUGGUUUUAUAGUGAUGACACUAUGGUUUUAUAGUGAUGACACUACGACACUAUGGUUUUAUAGUGAUGACACUACGACACUAUGGUUUUAUAGUGAUGACACUACGACACUAUGGUUUUAUAGUGAUGACACUAUGGUUUUAUAGUGAUGACACUACGACACUAUGGUUUUAUGGUGAUGACACUACGACACUAUGGUUUUAUAGUGAUGACACUACGACACUAUGGUUUUAUAGUGAUGACACUACGACACUAUGGUUUUAUAGUGAUGACACUACGACACUAUGGUUUUAUAGUGAUGACACUACGACACUAUGGUUUUAUAGUGAUGACACUACGACACUAUGGUUUUAUAGUGAUGACACUACGACACUAUGGUUUUAUAGUGAUGACACUACGACACUAUGGUUUUAUAGUGAUGACACUACGACACUAUGGUUUUAUAGUGAUGACACUACGACACUAUGGUUUUAUAGUGAUGACACUACGACACUAUGGUUUGAUAGUGAUGACACUACGACACUAUGGUUUUAUAAUGAUGACACUACGACA